AUGAUGAAGGAUUUGAUGUCUUGGAAGUUCGAAUUUCAAGACUUGGAAACUGUGACACUGACUCAGACCUGCAUUAUUGUCAUGACAAGACCUAUAUCUAUAAAGUUAUCUGACCUAGGGAGUUUCACAACUCUGUGCACCAUAGGCAGCUAUGCUUUUGCCAAAGCAUUGUGUGAUUUGGGGGCAAGCAUAAACUUGAUGCCAUUGUCUAUCUAUAAAAGCUUAGGCAUUGGAAGGGCAAGACCAACAUCCAUGUUACUACAUCUAGUCGACCGAAAUGAUGUACUUGUGCAGGUUGGAAAUUUUGUGUUUCCAUUAGAUUUUGUUAAUCUAGACUUCCAGGUCGAUGAAGAGAUUUCCAUAAUUUUGGGAAGGCCAUUCUUGGCCACAAGGAGAGCUUUGAUUGAUUGUGAAAUUAGGGAGCUAUAG